UUGCGGCAUGACUCAGCAUUUGUCUGUCCGUGUCACAUUGCCGCAGCACGUGGUGGUGAGAGGAGCGGCUUUGUUCUUGUGAGGAGACUGAGGAGGUUGGGGGAGGAGGAGGCCAGGCCUGGGCCAGGACUGAGCAAAGACUGAAAGGGCACUGAGCGAGGGCUGUGGGGAUUGAGUUGUGGCUGCAGACUCCCCGGGCCCCGGGCGGAAGUAGCAGCGGCGAAGCCGUCGCUCUACUUCCUAGGCCGCAGCAGCCAUGGCGGUGGAAUUUGGCGACCACGCCAGUGGCUUUCGCCACAAUGAGGUGGUCCGGUUCAUUAAUAAUGAAGUUCUCAUGAACGGUGGUGGCCCGGAGUUCUACAUGGCCUUUCGCUCUCGUCCCUGGAACGAGGUGGAGGACCGGCUUCGCUCUGUGGUGGUGGACCCGCAGGUGCCUCGGGCCCUCAAGAGGGCGUGCACUUGGAGCGCCCUGGCCCUGGGCGUGCGAGUGGUGGCCAGGCAGCGGGAGCAGCAGGGGCGUCGGGUCCGUAGGCUGCAGGAUCAGGUGGAGGAGCGCGAGGCGGCUUGCUGGGCGCUGGCUUCCGAGUUGCAGCGGCUGCGUGAGGAGCGCGAUGAUGCUACCACUCAGCUGCGCUUCACUCAGGUUGCCUUGCAGCAGGCGAUGGAUGAGCGUGAAGUGCUACGUGGGAGACUACUUCAGGCUGAGAGGUCAGCAAUGGCAGAUCCAUUGCCCCCAAAGGUUGUACCUGUUAUGGCAGCCCAACAGCAUGGUGUUGUAGCAUGGUCCCUGGAGGGAGAAGAGCAGGCAGAGGUGGUGGCAGCUGGAACCCAGGGCAUGCCACAUGUAGAGGCCCAGAUGCCAGCCCCAGCACCUUUGCUUUAUGUGCCAGGACACCCAUGUCCUUGGUCCCAGGCAAUGCAACCACAUGUGCAAAUGCCAGUGCCCCAUCCAAUGCCAAUCCCAGUGGGAUUCCCAUACUCAACACCUCUACAAGCCCCUGUAGUAAUGGAAUCAGAAUUGGCAGGAGCAACAGCCACAACAGUGGCAGCAGUUGCAUCCCAGGUGCCUCCUGCAGUGACCUAUCCACCCAGCUUAUGGGCUCCAGUGGGGUGCCAGGAGGGAAUGGCUCCUCAAUGUGUCCAGAGUUGCCUCAGCUGCCAGGGCCAGGAUGAAUAUCCUGAGAACCUCCCAGGCAGAUGCAACCUGGGAGAUCUAACAAGCCCCAAGCAAAAAGAAGGUCCUGAGGGUUCCCAGGGAAUGACUUCUCUGGGGGAAAGCAUAAGCCAAAGCCGGGAGGGUCAGGAGAGGCCCCAGGGGGAAGACCCCACAGGGGAGAGCAUUAGCCUUACCCAGAAAGAGGGUAAGGAGAGGCCCCAGGGGACAGACCCCCUGGAGGAAAGCAGCAGCCACAUCCAGAAGGAAGAUACAGCAAUGCCCCAGGGGACUGCUCCCCUUGUGGCUAAUGGGAGCCUGGAGCAACAGAAAGCUCCAGAGAGACCCCAGGCAACCCCCCUGGGUAGCAUUAAGAGUCAGGGUAUGAAAAAAAGCCCAAAGAAACAGCAGUCUCAGGUUCAGAAGGCCAAGCAACCCCAAGGGAAAAAAACCUUGGAAUCCCAGCAACUGGAGAAGUCUGCCUCAUGCUCCAGUCAAGUGAAUUGGAUCUGCUCAUGGUGUAAAGCUGUGAAUCUUCCCUGGCGUCUAGCCUGCUAUAAAUGCAAGAGAGCCUACAUGCCAGUUGAGAGUGGAGGUGAUGACCCAGGAAAAUCUCACUAAUUUUAGAAAGGUGAGGCCGUUUUUGUAUCUCAGCCCCACGGAAGUUGUUACUGCAGAAGAUGAACCUGUCCCGUUAAAAGAUCUUCCCAGAGCUUGAAAGAAUACCUCAAUUUUGAUUGAUGCACACUUCAUUGAGACCCCACCUUCCCACUGCCUGGAGCCAAGAAGAAAUGGAUCCAAGAAGAGAGAAAAGGAAGAAGAGAUGCUUUGGCACUUAUUAGUGGGACAAUGAAGAACAAAAUAGUUAUGUUAGAAUUUAAUUUCUUCAAGGGAUUAACUUGAAACUGUUGAGGGUUUGUAUUGUUAAAUUCUACAUAUGAUAGAAAACUUGUUUAAUUUAACUCAUUAUUGAAUGCUUUGUGCUUCUUAGGAAUUGGAACGAUACAAUAUUAUCUCUUGUAUACAUCAUAAUUUUUUUUUUUUUGGUGAGUUUGGUUUGAUGAUAGGAAAGAACAUAACUCCCACAUUAGACUAGGAGUGUUUUCUUUGCCUUGCAUGUAAUAUAAACUUGGAUAAAACCAAUUUAAAUAUCAUUCAUAUCCAUUUCUGUAUUUCUGGGAGGCAACUUGAAAAAAAAAAAUUUCAUGAAAGGACUUGAGUGACCAAACUGCACAUCUCAUUGGUCCCAAGUGAGACAAAUGAGCAACGGCAAAAAUCAGGAAAAUGUCCUGGUAAAAUCACAGGCAUGGCUUUUCUUAUCCUCUGCCUGUUUCAUUUCUUGAGUCAUACCUAUUUUUCUGGCUGACCUACAACCUGUCUAAAAGAUCACUGGGUUAUAUUCAAAAAAGUGUUGUUUUGGUGGGGAGAAGGGAGAGUGUUCAUUACAUAACCAAGCCCUCAACCCCAGGCUGUCCCUAUCCCAAAUCCCUUUCCAUUCAAGAGUGUAUGUAUGGUGCAUGCCUGUAAUCCCAGUGACUCAGGAUUCUGAGGCAGAAGGAUCACGAGUUCAAAGCCAGCCUCAGCAAUUUAGUGAGGUCCUAAGCAAGUCAGUGAGACCCU